AACCAAUACUCACCUCAGAACUCCAUCAUCCCACGACAAAGCAGGUCGUGAUUGUGCCACAGGAGAAAGCAACAUUGAAAGUAGUAGAAGUCAGGAAGAUGAGCUGUGCAGAGUCUCCCAAAUCAGGACAUAAGCGAAGCUCUGGGGUCUGCUCUGCCACUAGACUCCAGGAAGCAGAAAAGGCGGCUGUGCACAAACGCAGUCCCAAGGUUUUGGAAGCUCUACAAAAGCUCAACAUCCAAGCUGACCAGGCUCCAGUCAUUGCUGUCUUGGGCUCUGGUGGGGGUCUACGGGCCCACAUCGCUUGUCUUGGUGUGCUGAGUGAGAUGAAAGAACUUGGCCUGUUGGAUGCUGUCACAUACCUCGCAGGGGUCUCUGGGUCCACUUGGGCACUGUCUUCACUCUACACCAAGAAUGGAAAUAUGGAAGGGAUAGAAGAGGAGCUGAAACAUCAGUAUGAGAAGAAUGAGUGGGACUUUCAUGAGGGCCUGGAGAAAGCUAUCCAGGCAUCAAAGAGGGAGACUUACUCCCUGACUGACUUUUGGGCCUAUUUAAUUGUUUCCAGGCAAAUCAGAGAACUUCAGGAUUUGAAUUUGUCCAGUCUAAAGAAGCAAGUGGAAGAAGGAGUGCUGCCCUAUCCCAUCUUUGCAGCCAUUGAUGAGGACCUUCUGGCUGAUUGGAGGGAGAGGAAAACUCAGAAUUCCUGGUUUGAAUUCACUCCUCAUCAUGCUGGCUACCCUGCACUUGGGGCUUAUGUCCCCAUCACAGAGUUUGGAAGCAGAUUUGAGAAUGGGAAACUGGUUAAAUCUGAGCCUGAGAGAGACUUGACUUUCCUGAGAGGUUUAUGGGGAAGUGCUUUUGCUGAUGUUACAGAAAUUAAGAAAUAUAUUUUGAACUACUUCAGGAACCUCUUUGGAAAAUUGAAAUUUAUAGAAGGACCAAUGACAUACUCAGAAGCACCAAGGAUGAAGGUGGAUGCAAUGCUCUUGGAUUUAGUGAUGGCUUAUUUCACAGAUAAGAAUGACCCCAGCAUCAAGGAUAAGCUCUGUGCCCUUCAUCAGGCUCUGGGUGCUGAGACAGAUAAAUUUGGCAUAGAGAUGGCUGAGAUCAUCCAGAAUUGGAAUGAAACCUCCCCAGAGAAAAAGGAACAGUUUCUGGAUCAUGUGUUGGAUUGCUUCAAGAAGACACAAGAAGACACCACCACAUACAGUUUGAUGAACUGGAACACGGGUCUAGUUUGGGACCGUUGUGUUUUUGUGAAUGAAACUCGCAAGUGUGUUUCCAAAUGGCAGUGGGGAACUGUUUACAACUUCCUCUAUAAACACGGUAAAAUUGCAGAUGAGACCAUGUGCAGCCGAGAGUUUCUCCAUCUGGUGGAUGCUGGUUUUGCCAUCAACACUCCCUACCCACUUGUUCUGCCUCCUGUGCGUGAAACUCACCUCAUCCUCUCAUUUGACUUCAGUGCUGGGGACCCAUUAGAGACCAUCAGGGCCACAGCAGAUUACUGCCAACACCAUGAAAUCCCCUUUCCUGAGGUGAGUGAGGAUCAGCUGAAGGANUGGGCCAAAGCCCCAGCAAGCUGCUAUGUCCUCCGAGGGGAAACAGGACCUGUUGUCAUGCACUUUACUCUGUUCAACAAAGACAACUGUGGAGAUGAUAUUGAGACAUGGAGAAAAAAAUAUGGGACAGUAAAACUAUCUGACUCAUACACACCAGACCUGGUGAGAGAUUUGCUGAGGGUAUCCAAGGAGAAUGUGCAGAAAAACAAAAGUAAUAUCCUCAGUGAGAUGAGGAAAGUGGUUGGGAAUCCUGGGAACAUCCCAAGAGUGAACAAGGAGGCCUGCUUGGGAGACAGAGUGCAGGAUUCCCAAGGCUCUCAGACUGUGGAGUUUAAGAAAUCCCACAACAUAUCUAAGGAUUAAGGAUCCCUUGCACUACUUGCAGAGUUGGCAUGUAUUAGUGGACUCACCACCUGUGCUCUCUCCAAAGUCCACCAUAAGCUGUCUCUUUGUGAAGAAGAACUGCAGUUUUCAGGGUACUGUGGGCCUACUGCUUUACCAGGGCCCAAGUGUCAACCUGGCCUGAUGUUCUCUGCCAUUCAUAAAAUUGCAUUUGCCUUAGCUGUUAUCAUUGAGCAAGUCUCCAGAGACCUAGAUGGAGUCUUUGAUAGCAUUAUUUAGAGCACUGGGUCACCAGAGCUAAAAGAGGCAAAGUAUGUUCUUCAGAUACCUCAGGGGACCCUAAAGCACAACUCCUUGAUCAUCAAAGCCACCCUGUCUAACAUCCAUGUGGCUACAAUGAAUGUAGUGAUUGAGACCAAAGCCUCAUAAAUUUUUCUCUCAUUCUAUAUCUGCUCAUUUUAUACACCCAGUCUUACUAAGUUCUUUUUUUUUUCUAUAAAAGAAUAGACCUUAGUUCAAAUCAUGACCCUUCACUUCAGA